AGGGGUGCUAUGCAGACAUCUGAUGCUUUGCGGGUGUUGUUCCCCAUCUUCCUAGGGAUGGUCGUGGCCAGAGCACGCCAGCCCUGCAGUCCUAAAUUCCUUCAUGCAAAUACAAUGGUGUGCGUGUGCAACGCGACGUACUGCGACACGGUGGACCCGGUCUCCCUGCCUGACACCGGCAACUUUGUCAAGUACACAACCAGCAGGGAGGGCCAACGCUUGGAGCGGAGCAAAGGGAAAACGAUUGCCAGCUCAGGAACUUCAGGUGGAAUUUUCUACACUUACGAUCCUUCCGUUCAGCACCAAUACGUGAAAGGUUUCGGCGGGUCGCUCACCGACACGGCGGCCAUCAAUAUCCUGCAUUUGUCUUACGCAGCCCAAAACCAACUUCUCCGGUCUUAUUUCUCCGAAGAAGGAAUUGAGUACAAUUUGCUGCGUUGGCCCAUUGGCUGCUCAGACUUUUCCAUGCGGCCGUACAGUUACGACGACCGCUGUGUGGAUGACUUCGAGCUGAAGUGUUUCGAGCUGGCCCCCGAAGACACCAAAUUUAGAAUCCCCUUGCUCCAUCGUAUCAUGGCCCACGCUGGGAGUCCCCUUUCACUGAUCGGCAGCCCUUGGACCAGUCCUGGCUGGCUGAGGGUCAACAACAAGAUUAAAGGCAAAUCCAAGAUAAAGGGAAAACCAGGCAACCGUUACCACAAGACCUGGGCUUCUUAUUUUAUCAGGUUCCUAGAUGAGUACGCUAAAAAUAAUAUUACUUUCUGGGCAUUAAGCUCUCAGAAUGAACCAUUCAGCUCGCUUUUCAUAGCUUAUGAAGACUUUCCCGUCAAUUAUUUCUCACCGCAACAUCAACGCGACUUUAUCGUUAAGGACUUGGGCCCCGCCCUCGCCGCCAGCCGCCACCCAGAUGUUCACCUGAUCAUCAUGGAUGACCAGAGGGGUAACUUGCCAUACUGGGCCAACCAGGUGAUUGGCAAUAGUACCGCAGCGGCCUUCGUAUCCGGCAUUGGCAUCCAUUGGUACUUUGACUAUCUCACCCCAGCUGGACCUACGUUGGACGUUACCCAUCGCCUGUACCCCGAUUUCUUCCUGCUCUACACCGAAGCUUGCAAUGGUUUUCUGUACUGGGAUGCGAAGGUUGCCCUGGGAAACUGGGAGAGAGGCACCUAUUACAGCAGAAGUAUCCUGACGAAUCUCAACCACUUCGUCACCGGCUGGAUCGAUUGGAACUUGGCCCUGGACACGGCAGGGGGUCCCAACUGGGUGGACAACCCCGUGGAUAGCCCCGUCAUUGUGAACCCCCUCAAAGAUGAAUUCUACAAACAGCCCAUGUUUUACCACCUGGGGCAUUUCAGCAAAUUCAUCCCGGAAGGCUCGGUGCGCGUUGGUUUGACCUCCACCUGCUUGUUUGACAGCUGUCCGUUGAAGACCUCAGCUUUCCUGAGACCCGACGGUACUGCGGUGGUCGUGGUGUUGAACGACUGGUUUCUCGAUAUUUCUUUCACUAUCUCGGACGAUCGGGUGGGUUACAUUAAGGACCGAGCGAGAGCUCACUCCAUCCAAACCUACCUGUGGAGGAGGCACCUUUGAGGUCCGGAGAUGGGGAAGGAAAUUCGCUUCUCGCUCAGGAAUAGCAGGCUCUGCAGAGAAGAGACCUUGUACUGUAGCCCACGAGUUUGAUUUCGAAGAAGCUGCCUCAGCUGCCUAGUGGAAUGUCAGCCUCAGGAGACAUCAGCCUUGGUUGACAUUCCUUUUCUGGUCUCCAGUCCAGUGUGUCAUUCCUGAAUUUCUACUUGUGAUUCCUGAAAUGCUGACCUUUGGAUUGUCCGAUGGAUCUGACUUGGCUCUCUGAACUUUGGACUGGAUUUUGACUAUUCUUCUGCGCACUCCUAUUGAGAACAAAACUACUUUGGCAAGCUUUAAUUUGCUGGUUCCUAUUUCUUCCCUUAUCUGCUGCUAUCUGCCCAACCUUGAGUCAAAGACUUCCCUGACCUAGCAACUCUGUGUGUGUGUGAGAGUUUGAGACCUAAAACAGGACAUCUCGGAGGAAUGAGGUGCCUGCAAUCCCCAUUCACACAUGCACCCUGGAACAAAGCCUAAGGACCCCAACGUCCCUUGACUGGAAUCAGUGAAACUAGUAUUGAACAAGUUCUUAUCCUCACCACCCUUUCCUACUCUUUCUAUAGCUUGGCCUUAAUUUAUUGAACAUCCAACCUGAAUUUAUCUAAACUCUAUCCAGGCUUAAUAAAAGCCAGUUCAGAAAAAUGGCUUUGAUUGGACAUUUGCACAUUGGCUGCCCUUAGCUUAUGGGACAAUA